AUGCGUUCAGUUUCCAGGUUGAUCUUCAAGCGAACGCAUCACGGAAAUGAAUCCAAAGUUCUUGAUUUUAUUUCUGAGUUUCUAUACUCUAACCUGCAUCAGAGUCUGCUCCUCUGAAAGUCACCUGAAAAGGUUCAGCAGAUCGCUAAUAUUUCCACCCACGAGUCCCACGCGUGUUCAAUUUAUCGGCGGAAUUGGUAUUCCCGUAGAGAAUCUACACUUUGAAUCGGUCACCUCGGGCUAUGUCUUGAAAGCGGAGUACUUCCUGCCCACCAAUUCCACGGAAAUCACCAGGGUCUACCUGAAGCCUCAGGCCAUCACUGCGCGUACAGAAUCUACCUACGGCGCCCUCUAUAGGUGGAUUAUCUACCGCGGCAUGGAGAUGAUCAUCCAGAACAUGGGCCUGCCCGGAAGGAGCUGUCUUCUUCGGGUCAUCUGCGAACAUGCUGCUCUGCCUCUGACCCAUGAAAGUGGCCUGUUGGGUGAGCUGUUGGAUAUCGUUCUAUCGCCCUCCAAGUCGGUGGACGAACUGGGACACAGCUCGGAUCGGGAAUACCACACAUCGGAGCAUUACGGGAAAAGGGGAGGUGACUGUGAGGCGGCCUACGCCAAAAAGUGUCAGAAAUCGCCCAUGGAACUGUUUAGUUUGCUGAUGGAUGUCAAGGAAUAAAACAGAGAAAAUGGAAUUUAAUAAUUUUGUGAAAUUUAUGGGGGUUUUUUGGACUUAAAGGGGUACAGUGCUUUGUUGGCAAAAAUAAAAGGUCAAGCUUUUUAAUGUUCCUAUCAUCAAAGUACUAGAAAGUGUCAUCCCUCAAGUCCUGCUCACUAUGAUAAGUAAAUAUUUAUUAUUUAACCAUAAGAAUUAUUUUAGUUGUUAACUCCCGCCUGUCGACAAUCACGUACUUUCACAUUCAA